AUGGCCGAAAUUAUCGAAGGAGUGAUGCAUUCGUACGGAAUCGCCCAGAAAUGGGGCGUAUGUAUUGCGGACAACGCAGACAACUGCAAUACCUGCUGCAAGACGUUAGUUGCGAGCCUUCGUCCUGACGAACCUGUGACGGCGAGGCGCAGUCGGUGCUUUGGUUAUAUUGUCAAUCUUGCCGCUAAGGCCUUCAUAUACGGCAAGGAAUAUGAAGCGUUUAUCGCAGAGGCUGAACAGGUAAUAGUGUUAUCAUCCCGAGACCAAUCUGCGGCAUACUCUGAGAUGCAACUUUGGCGCAGGAGAGAGUCCUUUGGCAAGUUUCAUAAUAUUGUGAAACAUAUCAGAGUCAGUACUCAUCGUCGACAAAAGGUUGAGGCAAUAAUAAUAAAGGCUCUCACGAGUCAAAAUGAGGUCGUCGACGCAACUGAACUUGGUGUUGAGAAUAGUGGGGUAGAAGAACUCGAGAGAGUGUUUAGCCAGGCCAAGAGGUUCUUUACAGACGACCGCAAUCGUCUGUUAACAACUUCUUUUGAGGCGCUACAGUGCCUUGAGCAGUGGCAGACGCAACAAGUAUAUGACGUCUAUAACUCGGCACGGAUUAGUAUUUCACCAACCAAUGAGGCUCUAUUUGCCUAG